AUGUUUAGAAACCGAUUAUUUAAUAUAAUAAAAGCUACAAGUAUUUUGCACAGGAAAAGAAUUAUAACUAAAAUCCGAAUAUUUACGCCGGUCACGCUAGGAUUGUUGACUACAGCCUCCUGUGAAGAUGCUCAUAAGGAAUUUCAAGUGUCUUGGGAUGAAGAUAAAUUAGAACACGAUUUUUUAAUCCGUCAGGCCACUACGGUUAAUGUUAAUGCUGCUACUCAACUUUUGACAGUCACACUAGUCGCUAUUCAGGAUACCAGUGAAAGACUAAGGGAAGCUCUCAGUAAAGAGAUUUGCCUAGUGAGGCAAGCGCUUGAAUGGGGAGAUGCAGGCACUCCACCACAUCAUUGGGAUCAGUUGGUGGCUGUCAGAGGUGCUUUGUGUGACUUAAAGCAUAACCUAAGGACACUAUUAAGUUAUAUGGACUAUGCUGAGAAGUUAGCAACAGUUGCUGCUGAAAUAUCAUAUCUGUCUGGUAACAUUGCUGCAUCUGAUGCAAUAUGUGAAAGAAUUGACCACGCUUGUAGAACUUGCAACAAUCAGAAGCAAUUGACGCAUGAUCUACAGCAGGAGAGCUUAGAGUUGCAGCAACAAGCUAUUAUCAGCUCCCCUCACCUCGAAGAGAAACUGAAAGAAGAAGCAAUCAGUGAUAAAGAUGCUAGGAAAAGAAAAAAUAAUAAAUGA